AUGGGUAAAGAUUUACAAGAAGCUUAGAGUCUUUAUGACCCUAGAAAUUUGAUUCUCACUUAGAAGUACUUAACUUCUGAUUGCUUGUUUGGAUGUUAUAAUCAAAGCGAUUCUACUCCAGAGUAUUACUGCGAAAAUCCAAAUAAAGUAGGAUACUGCUGUCCUAAAUUAAGUUCAGAUCCCGAAUGCACAUAGAACUUAACAGCUAGCAUCUACUGUAGCAAAUUUGCUAAAAUUAUUAACGCUAAGUAUCUUUAUUGCAUUACUUUUGAGAGUGCUUGUACAAUCGAUACCCCCUAUAUCAAUGCUACUGAUGAGAAUAGAACCAUUACUACUACUACUAUUUCAGACAGAGGUUUUAUGUGCUGGUGGGAACUAAGUCUAGACCGUACCGUUUGGAAUUAAAACUUAACUGUUUUCAAUGUCUAUAUCACAGCAGCAAGUAACGUCACUGUUUACGUUGGAUGGGCUCUUGGCCGAGAAAAUUUGACUUCUUUCCCAGGUCUCACUACAAUUAGAAACUAUACUUAUAAUGCAACACAAAAUGUUUACGUAGCGGCUGUGCCAACGAAGGGAAAACUCUUUUACAACUUUUCUAUGACAUUCAAUAUUUAAGGUUCUAAAAUUGAGGAGGAUAUGAGUUUUGAAAAAGCGUUUUGGAGUAAGGCAAUAGGAAUCAUAGCUGGCGUUGGAGUAUCAUUAGUUGCUGGAAUAGGUGGAUGGUUAUAUUACCAAAAGUAUGGCACUAGUCAUUGCAAAAAGAAACCAAGGGAUCCAAAUGCAUAAAAGCAAGUUAAGGUUCCUUAGGAGCAGUAAGAGAUGAGAGUUCCUUAGGAUAGAAAGCAGUUUAAGAAAGUCUCUUAAGAGUAGGAAUCUGAAAUGGUGGAGGAUGAAGAUGAGGAGGAGCCACAAGAAUUAGAAGAUUAUGAUGAACCUUAAUAGACUAGACAGCCUAGACAAGCGCCUGAAUAUGAAGGUUAAAAUAAUGGAUUACUGCAUAAUGCCUAUUAUCAAAACCAAUUAAUUAUCUAGAAUCUCAAAAACUAACUAUAUAGUUGA